AUGCAGCCGCCGCAGGGCAGAGCGGGGUUCGGCUGCCGCGGGGACGAGCCCGGCGGGCAGGUCCGGCCCGUGCCGCUGCCCCCCGUGCAGCAGAACCUGAAUUACUGCCCGCACAUCUUCUGGGUGGAUGGCUGUGCCGAGACAGGCGCUCCCUGCGCCCCCGCUGUCCCCACGGCUCCCUUCCCACCGCCCGUCCCGGACCGGAGCAGAAAACCCCGGAACAAAGGAAGGGAGCGCGGGAAAAGGGGCAGCGCCGGCUUCCUCGUGAUGUUCCUGCUGAUCCUGGUGGCCUUCACCGGAGUGGGGCUGAGCAUAUUUAAGAUUUUUCACCUGGAGAAGGAAGUGGAUGAACUCAGAGAGGCUGCCAGCGCUGAGCACAUCCCUCCCGCCGCUCAGAAACUCACAGGUGACAAAGAGGAAAAUUUAAGGAAGGAGGCCAGGAGGGCAGCCCAUGUCACAGGCAACCCAGCCCAGCAGGGGCUGCCUCUGGAGUGGGAGCCCAGCUCUGGCCAUGCCUACACCAGCGGCAUCCAGUACGAGGAGCGGGGGCUGCGGGUCAGCGAGCCGGGGCUGUACUUUGUGUACUCGCAGGUGCUGUUCCGGGGCACGGCCUGUGACCCCCAGCUCCUGGCCCACGUGGUGUACAAGAGGAACCCGGCCUCCCCGGGCAGCCUGGUGCUCAUGGAGGACAGAGCCACCAACUUCUGCUCGGGCCAGAGGAUGUGGGCCCGCAGCAGCUACCUGGGGGCUCUCUUCAGGCUCAGGAGGAUGGACAGCCUGCACGUCAACGUCUCCAAAAUCGCCCUGGUCAACUUUGAGGAAUCCAAGACUUUCUUUGGUUUGUUUAAGCUUUGAAGUGGACCAUGGCUGGCAGCCCCUUCACACACACACACACACACAGCCCCACAUGGAUGUGUGAGGGCUGGGAGCUGCCUGGGCACCACCAAACCCACCAGAAACCAUGUUUGGGCUUCAGCACAAGGGGAUCCAAGCAAUGGGAAAGGUUUGAAA